AUGGUGCGCUACCCUGGCUUUUCGGCUAACCUGGCGAUGCUUUUCCAGGACGUGCCUCUUUUGGAGCGCUUCGCACGCGCGCGGAGCGCGGGCUUUGGAGCGGUGGAGAUCUCGAGCAACGAGCUCUUUGAGCACUGCCCCAAGGAGGUGGCCAGUCACCUGAAGGGUGAAGGCUUGGACUGCGUCCUGUUCAACCUCCCGGCUGGUGACUGGCGCGGAGGUGAACGGGGCCUGGCGGCGCUCCCAAAACGACAGGAGGAGUUUCUGCGUAGUCUGCAGCAAGGAGCUGACUAUGCAGAGAGGCUCGGAUGUUCGCGAGUUCACUGUCUGGCGGGUCUACUGGGCUCUUCGGAGAUCUAUCGAUCGAACCUGCAGAAAGCUGGGGAAGUCUUGGGGCCGAUGGGUGUUGAGGUCCUGAUAGAGCCCAUCAACCAACGGAGCAUGCCAGACUAUCACCUGAAAUCCUUCGGCCAAGCAGAAAGGCUCCUGGCAGAGGUCUCGCGUCCAAAUGCGCCGGUGAAGCUGCUGUUUGACUUCUUUCACUGCCAGAUUCUCCAUGGUGAUCUCACGAUGAACUUGAGGAAGUACGCAGAUAUCAUUGGACACGUGCAAGUGGCAGGGGUACCGGAUCGUGGCGAACCGGAUGCCAGGCAGGAAGUGAACUUCAGGCACCUCUUCCAGGUGCUUCGAGAUGAACUGGGCUACAAGGGACACAUUGGAUGCGAGUACCAACCGCGCGGAAAGACUGAGGACGGUCUAAAAUGGCUGGAUGAACUGGUUGAGUGA